AUGGCCGUGUCCUCCGGCGUCUGGGCUGGGGCCGUACCACUGCAGACAGCUUGGGAUCUCCGCGAAUUCCUUGCCAAAAACGGCGCGCCCAAAUCCAUGGAGGAGCUCGACCGCAUCGGCUACUGCGGUGACCACAAGGCGUCAUAUAAGUCCAACCCUUUGCUGGGCACGACAGCCGCUAUACCAAUAUGCGGUUGCCUACGAGCAUGA